AUGGCGGUGGCGAAUCUCAGUACACUGCCCUUUCCGGCAAAGAUCUCUGCUCUCUGUCCACAGCGCCGCCACCGUCUUCUUGGGUCUUCACCCUGCAGCUCGAAACGCCGCCGCCGCCGGGUGGCGGGCGUGGUGGUGGCGGCGUCUUCUGCUGACGCCUCCAAAGCCGGCCCCUCCUUCGACUGGUUCCGCCUACCGGACGUGGGUCUCCGGAAUUGGCCGCAGGGGGAGAGAGAGGGGAGGAGGAGCGAAGGGGUGAAGGCAAAUGCAGUGGAAGAUGGUGAUGGGAGCAGCAGGAAGAAGAAGAAGAAGAGCGGCAGCAAGUGGUGGUGGUGGUCCGGGGACAGAGAGAGCUAUCUGGUGGACGACGCAGAUGCCCUCCCUCUUCCCAUGACCUACCCCAACUCCUCCCCGGCUUCUCCUGAGGAGGUCGAUCGCCGCCUACAGUGUGAUCCCCAGAUCGAGGUCGAUUUUUCUGUCCCCACCUCUCUCUCUCUCUCUCUCUCUCUCUCUCUCUCUCUUUCAAUUUUGGAGAGAAAUUCGCAUCUCACAUUGAAAUGAGAGACGGGUUUUAAUGGAUUGACAAGUUUAUGUUCUAGGAACUCCAUUUCUCAAAAAUCCAUGGGUUUUUCAAAAAAUUUAUACACUCAUACAAGGUUUCGGAUGUCCACUUUUUAUUGCAUAUUGGUGGGGUGAGAUAAGCUUACGAUUUAGCAACAUUGUUUUUUUAUGUAAGAGUUUAUGAGCAGUUCCUUAAAAAGAGAGAGUUGAGGUGUGAAUUUGCAGGUCUACAUAGCACAUUUGAUAAUCGGGCGAUUAUGAAAAAAGUGAAUCGAAUAAUUUUAAAAUCAAGACUAAAUUUCUCUCCCCACUCUCUCUCUCUCUCUCUCUCUCUCUCUCUCUCUCUCUCUCUCUCUCUAGCUCUGUCUCAGAAUUUUCUACUCACUGGGUUGUUGAUUUCGCAUUAAUAGGACUGCAAGGCGAUGGUGUACGAGUGGACGGGGAAGUGCAGAAGCUGCCAGGGGACUGGCUUCGUCAGCUAUUACAACAAGAGAGGCCGCGAGACGAUAUGCAAGUGUGUCCCCUGUCUCGGAAUCGGUAAGCAUUCCGUCUCCAUUUCAUUCUCUUCUUUCCAUCGAUUGCCUCCGUUGUGGUUAGACUGUUCGAUGUUCCAUGGUCUUCUUAGCAGUGAAGCCCUACUCUUUGUUCAUUGUAGAGGGGCCCAGGGAAAAGUCAAACUUUUUCUUCCCGGCAAUGGGAAGAACACAUGACCCACAUGAGUUAUAGUUGACUUUGAGACCCUCUUGUCAGGGUGCUCAUGUGUUUCUGUCGUGGUCAAGGAACCAGCCAUGUAUGCCACCUCUUGCCAUUACUGUACCUCUUUUUGAGAGGACAAUUGUGUGAUCCAUGGAGGGGAAGUAGAGUUAAUUGAUGUAGUAAAGGGAAAAACGCUUCCAGAAUGCAAGUAGCAAGAUGACAUAUCAUAUAUCGUCAUAUGGUUCCCUUUUUUAUGAGAAUCCAUCAUCUAAAAUGUAAUGAUUCUGAUUUCAGAUUCCUGGAAAUUUUUUUACUCUACCCAUUUUCUGAUAAUUCGUCUUUGGCUCCAACUUCAUGUUCUUGGGCAUUGAUGGAUGAAUGUGACCAAGUCAUAACCUUCACUCUGGGGCUUUUAUAUAUAUAUAUAUAUAUAUAUAUUAUCAAAUGUAUAAAAGUCGUUAUCUAUAAUCUAUUUGAGCUUCAUACACUAUUCUUCCAGCGUUUUCUUACAAAGGUUUUCCUAUCCCUGAUAGAGCAGAAGUGUUGGCCUAUAUCAAAAACUGUAAUGAUAACGGAAUUGUAAACAUCAGCAACUCAUCAUUGCAUAAUCACAUUCCUUCUAGGGAAUUCUUUGAACCUAGUCCAAAUAUGAUGAUCCGCUUGGAUCUAUGUUAUAGUCUGAUUCGAAGUAUCCUUUUGUUCUCACAGCACCAUCAGGAUCACUUUUUUCUCUCUUUUUUUUUUUUUUUUUUUUACUGAUUUUGAGUUUUUUAACUUAUGUGGCUAAUUUACAUUUCGCUGAAGGAAACUGUCUCCUCCUUGUGCCUCAGGGGAGGAGAAAGAAUCUGGUUCAUGGUUCCUUGGCAUUUCCUUUUUGGUGAAUUGCCUUCUUUAAAGGGUCAACUUAGUAUUUGUCUUCCGAUUUUUCCUUCUAGUUCAUUGGCAAUGCUCUUAGUAUCAAUGAAUCAUCUGGCUAAUGUAUUUGGAAUUUCCUUGGAAAUUAGGCUCUUUUGUUUCUCUUAGUGCUUCGGUUUAUCUUUCUCCAUUGCUUGCAUUCACCGAUACUAUUUUUUUUGUACAUUUUUGAAAAACAAUUAUCCAUGAUAUUCAUUUUUUACUCAGAUGUAUACCAUACAUUAUGAGCAUUUUUGAAACCCAACUGUGCGCAACAUUUUAAUAAGCAAGACAUGUACACAAGAACAUAAAUUCGAAAAGUCAUUGUAAAUUGGAAUACAAGACCGCACAGCUUUGUUGAUUUAAUUGGAAUUGCCAAACUAAGUUGAUAAAGUGGGGAAAAAAUAUGAUGUUGACCACUAGAUUGGAGAGGGUAAGAAAAUAAAUUUUCAAUUGUAAUAUGCAUGAAUAAUAUACAUGGUUUCAAAAAUUUUAUGCUCUUGAAAUGUCUCAAAAUUGUUAUGCUGGUAUGCCAUGAAACAAGACCCAAAAAAUUUAGUGUGUCCUCAUCCCGAUUCUGAAUGUAGCUGGUACAAGACUGUGGCUGCAUUAUGCUUACAGUGACCUGCAAAGUGGAUGGAUUCUCAACCUUAUUUGACUAUUUACUCAUCUGGUUGCAUUUUCGUGUUUCGAUUCUUUGAUGAAAUGUAGUUUCAGUCAAAAGUAGUGGGAUCAGCAUUGUUACUUUGUAGAUAUGAUUCAUUAUUCUAACUAUCAUAUAGUAAUGACAUAAUUGUGUUUUCAGAAGCAUUGUUACUAUUGAAAGCAACAUGUUUUGAGGACACAAUCAUUUCCAGCCAAUGUGAUUGCCUUGAGAGCUAUGUUUAAUUCACAAGGAAUCUGUAUGAUCUCUGUUUGUGUUUUAUCAUAUCUCUACAAUUGCGAACGUUCCUUCCGCAUCCCCUGUUCCGGAGAUGGAUAUAGCCCUCUCGAAACCUAACUGUUAGAGUCCACACCCCCCCCCCCCCCAGUAUGUAUAUCUUGACAGAAGGGAAAUGUCAAUAUCUCAUGGGAACUAGAAGCUGCUUAGGACUUGAAAGACGAGUAGAGUCUGAACCAAUCUAAUCCAUUCAUUUAAGCGUAAGAACUAGUUAAAAAAAUAAAUUUAUUUAUUUUUCGGCUAUUUUAUAUCAUUCAAAUCCUUUCUGCGGACGUUUUACUUACUGUUGCAUCAUCUGAUUCAUGAAUCACAUGCAGGUAUUUUGGAGACAUGUAGUUAAGAGCCAUGGGUUAAAUAUAUCAGUCAGCAGAUUGGUUAAAUAGUGGAUUAGAAUAGAAAACAGCUAAAUCGAAGCAAACCAACAAGCUGCAAAAUUGAAGUAUCAGCAGAUAAAACGAACAAGAGCAUAAGCUGCUUUCCAUUCUAAAACAUUAGAGGAAACUUUUGUAGAAGAAACAUGCAGAUGCCUGAUCUCUUCAAUAAUAACUGGGGACUAUGAUGAAAGAGGUGCUACCAUUGCCCUGACAGUUGCAUCAGAAAUAAGAAGUGCAUUGCUGUGAUGAGACUUUGCUGGUGUAGGUCAUGCCCUUGAGCCUAUGGACCAGGGUAUCAAAACAAAGCUCUCUAUCCUCUUCAUGUACAACUUAAGGGACUAAUUGAGAAAACAUACAUUGAAAAUAUAAAUGUACAUGUGGUGUUGAAUGUUGGUUUGAAAGUGGCUUUUGAGCAGGAAUGUGGUUGAUCUAUUCAUUAUUAUCAACAGAUGAAUGAUGGUGACUGAUUGAUGCCUUCCUCUGACUGUAUCUCAGUUGAUAGAAUUAGAAUGAGUAUUACUAGCGUGGUGGUUCAGGCUGAUGUUGUUUGAUUAUGGUUGAGCAGAAGGCUUCUUCUUAAGCGUGUUGGAAAGAUGGGCUCAGCAAGCUGGCUCCAAUACAAAAAAUUAUAUCGGAGACUAUUAGGAAGGCUGGUACAUGGAAGCCUGUUAGGAAUGGAGAAAAAGUAGGUACAAAAACAGAUCGAAGUGGUCUUAUAGAACAUGAUAUGCAACAUGCACAUGUUGUCUAAAAAUAUCAAGUGAUCGUGACACAAAACUGGUGCACACAGAUGAGCUGGUGAGAUCGAUCACCAGCAUGAUCCCAACAUUUGGUUCUCACUACUGAUUUUAUUGAUGAAACCUGUUGUUGAGGAUACCCUAAUCAUUUAGAAAGAAAAGUUAUCUUAUAGAACAUCAUCAAGUUUGUUUCUCUUUGAUUCCUGAGAAAGCUGUUACAUGUAUGGUUAAUGCAUAUUAGGUAUGACGGUGGGUACAUGGAAACUAGGUUGUAUUUCGCAUGUCUAUUGCCUGAAAACUAGGCUGAUUGUUUGCUCAGAUGGCAUUUAUUCUCAUGCUUCCUUUGACAAAGCUCCUUAAUUCAUAAUACGCUUGUGCAUGUGUGAUUCAAUGAAUUGCAUCUACUUGAUGUAUAACUGGGAAUGAAUUUCAAGGAUGCAUAUUUGUGCUAAACCAAAAGGUUUGAAGCUUACUGCUAAACCAAAACUUGUAAGACUGUUCUUCAAUGGUUUCAGUAUUCCAUCUCUUUAUAAAAUCAUUUGUAAAGGAUAUUGGAAGUUACCAUAUUUUUAAUUUUCUGUGAACUAGAUUCAGCUGUGGGCAACAGACAUCCUUCUGUCAUUGUCAGUUUACUUGAGUUUUUACAGAGAAAAACCUACCACUGAUUACAAGACUAUUUUCAUUAAAGCUAUUGUUUUAUUCUGAUAUAAGCUUACAUAUUUUUCCAUUGAUCUCUCAGGUUAUGUUCAGAAAAUAACUACCCGGACGGACAUUGAUGUGAUGGAGAACUUAGAUAAUGGGAAGCCUCCUUGA